CCGCGAAACCGUUGGCCACACUUGCUCCCGCAGCCUCAUCACAACAGCAUCUUAUUUGAAGACAGCGGUCUCGGAGGCAGCGACUUUGCAGCGGCCUUUGGUUUAGAAUUGAUUGUUUACAAGUUUCUUUCAGUCUAAAGACCCUUUGUUAGCUCGUUUCUCUCCUUCACGCAGCACUCAACUCUCGGCGCACUUGCGUCAUCGUUUCCAAGUUCCAACCACCGAGCUCGACACCUAUUCAAUCGCACAUACACAUAUAGAACGACAUGGACCAUAGCGGACGAUGAAAGAUUCAGAAGACACCUCGGCGGCGGCCGAGCCUAGCCACCCGCCUGCCUCCCCUAGCUUGGAAGACAGGGCUGCUGCCGAUACCGACGUCCCGCAAAUCGUGACGGAGGAUCAGGACGGCACUGAAACAGCCACAGAGCUUGCCCCUGUGGUUCCUACUAUACGUGGCCAUGCAGAAGCUGAAGGAGGUCGGAAAAGCUCAGAUAGUGAGUCUGUCGACAUUAAUUCGGUAGACGAUCUACCAGACAGAACGGCAAGCCCGGCUGGGUCGCUUCAUUCGGAUGCCAACUUGACACCUUCAAUAAUUGGAUCUCGUAUAUCUUCUCCCGGGAGCAGCGUAUUGCCCUCUGUAGCUUCCCGACCUUUCCUCAAUAGCCCGACUCCGUCCUUCCGCCCAUUCGAUCGCCGAUUUCAGUCCCGUAUAUCUUCCUCCUCAAGCACACCUAGCUUGCGAGCUUCAUCACCCGUUUUACGACCUAGCCAUAGUCGAAAUGUUUCUCUUAGCUCGAACAUUCAAUUUGACCAGGCUGACAGCGAAUCGUCAACUCCUCCGUGGGAGGUGGUCCGGUGGACUCGACUGAUAAAGCUCAAUGGCCAAGCGUUCUCUGAAGCAGGCAAACGAAACUUUGGAACACCAACAUGUCUAGCUGUAGCAGCUUCCAUCGUCUUGGGAACAUCGAAAGGCAUUAUCUUAGUAUUCGAUUACAGCCAGAACCUCAAAAUUAUCAUCGGGCCGGGCACCAAAGCUGUUGAAUCUGGUGCUGUUACGUCUAUCGCGGUGUCGGCUGAUCAUACAACCAUUGCGGGCGGUCAUGAGAGUGGUGCCAUUUUCACGUGGGACACUGCCAGACCUGCUCGACCGUUUUUAAGCAUCCCUCCUUUGGAAACUGUGGAUGCAAAUAGUAGGACGUCUGAUGGACAUGUUCCCAAUGUUUCCGUUGUUCAUUUGGGAUUCUUGGGAACACGACAUACGGCCCUCGUUUCUGCGGACGAUCGUGGCAUGGCCUUUUCGCACCUUGCAACCAGAGGUACUGGGCCAUUGGGGCGAACAGUCAAAACGACUAGAAUUCUAGGACGAUAUCCCGGCGCCCCCAAACCUGUCGGCAAGUCUGUCAAGCCCAGCACCGUACUAGCCUUUGCGCCGCUACCUCUCGGCAACGUAGAGCGAGCUACGGAUAGCAUGGGACUGACGGCCAUGCUGACACCUUACUUACUCGUUAUUGUCUCUACUACCCCAGUCGCUCAGACACAACAUAAGUCUGCUCGGCCUAAGGAUGUCCCAGCCCACACCGCGAUGACCGGUUGCUUAGCUUGGUUCCCAGCUGUAAAGCUCAAGGUUGCCGACUUCGUGACCGGUGGCGAGGUAUCCAGAGCAAAGCUGGUCUACUGCUGGUCGAACGUGCUCACGGUUUUAGACGUGGAUGAAAUCACCGAGGAGGAUCAAGAGCUGCCUCCUAUACUGAAAUUCAAAGCCCGCAGCCGAUGGCAAUGUGAAGAACCCAUUGCCGCCGUUCAAUGGAUUAGUCGAUCCGUCAUAACGGUCUUGACAAUAUCACAGCGACUAAUAGUAUUGGAAGACCGCAGCAUGCGUAUGACUGAGGCUUUUGAUCUUCUACAAAAACACAUCUACCACGCCGAUUUAUAUUCAAAGCAACUUCAUAACUUGGUCGAGCAACUAGACGAAGAGGAUCAAUCUAUGCACGGGGUGGUAGCUGACGCUUUCCACAUGAGCUUUAAAGCAUAUAAAGGCCGAAUCUUCCUCCUUGGAUUCCAAGAGGUGUCUCUUGGUGCUUUAUCUAACUGGGCUGAUCGUCUAAUUGCUAUGAUGGAACACGGCGACUAUCUUGGGGCUAUUCAAUUGGUAACGUCAUAUUAUACUGGAGAUGCUGAUAAGCUCACGGUUGGGCUACCCGAGGAGCAGAGUGCACGACAUACAAUGGUCCAAGAUAAAGUCAUGGAAAUUGUUAGAGCCUCUCUCAAAUAUGCCUUCUCACAACGCCAAAAGCAACCAAGAUCUGCAGAUAAUGACCAUUUAAAGCAGCUUGCUGAAACUUGUUUUACUGCUUGUCUCAGCAUUGGAAACACUGAUUUUCUGCUAGACGAUAUGUUUGAAUGGUAUGAGGAGGCAGAUUUUCGCGGCAUCUUCUUAGAGACCUUGGAGCCUUAUAUCCUGAGUGGCGAGAUAUCAAUCGUUCCACCAAUUGUGGUCAAGAGUCUUGUUUCUCAUUACGUCUCUAAAGGAUGGGAGAGCCGUUUAGAAGAAAUGAUCUGCCAUAUGGAAACCGCGACACUGGAUCUUGAUCAGAUUACCACGCUCUGCAAGCAGCAUAGUCUGUAUGAUGCUUUGAUCUAUGUGUGGAACAGAGCAAUUCACGACUAUGUUACGCCGCUGAUUGACCUGCUCAACCUGGUGGUCCCCAUGACGACUGAUGGUGAAUACACUGCAGAGAGUGCUGGUGAUGACUACUACAGCAUCAAUGCGGUGAAAAUAUUCCCUUAUAUUUCAUAUACUCUUACUGGGCGCGUAUACCCUAAUGGCGAGCUCUUGAGUGUGGACAUGGCGAACAAGGCAAUGGCUGAAAUUUACUGGUUCUUCUUCUCUGGUCAGACAAUUACUUGGCCAAAGGAAACUGGCCACGAGUUUAUAACCAGGCCAGGUGAAGACUCCGAGCCGGCCUUUCCCUACUUGCGACUGAUUCUCAAGUAUGAUGCGCCUAGCUUUUUAAGCGCUCUGAAUGAAGCAUUCGAAGAUCCCUUCUUAAACGACUCAGCAGAUAAGCUGGAAAACAACGCAUCAACAGUGGAUCUGCCUGAAGAGCAAAUAUUUGGACAGUCUAUCAACAGGCAAUAUGUUGUGUCUAUCUUAUUAGACGUCAUGAAUCCUGAAGAGUUUGCACCUUCCGAUACAAUCUACUUGGACAUGUUUAUCGCUCGCAACUUGCCUAAAUUUCCCCAAUACCUGUUAUUCUCUGGUUCAACUUUGUCAAAGGUAUUGACCGGACUCUGUAACUACCCAGGAGAGGAUCUGCGCGAAGAUGCGGAACUUAGUGCAGAAUAUCUACUGUCAGUCUAUCAACCAUCGGAUAUGUCGACGUUCAUGGGUCUAUUCCGGCAAGCGGGAUUCUUCCGCAUCUUGAAACGCAUCUUCCAAGUCGACAAGCAGUGGGGUCAACUCAUAGAUGUCUACUUUGAGGAUCCGAAAGACCAGGAGCAGGUUCUUGAUUGCAUCGAUGAUUGUCUCCGAUCCGGCAGCCAGCUGAAUGCUUCUCAAACCCAGGACGUUCAUAAUGCUGUCCGCAGACACGCUAUAGAAUUACUAGCUUUGGAUGCAGCGAGACUUGCGAAUAUAUUCGCCAGCCACGAUCUUGAGUUCCACGAAUAUGUACUUCAGAGCGUCGAAACUACUGCUGAUCUGCAGUUUGUCUAUCUCAGGGCUCUCCUAGAACCCGAAAAAGACAGAGAAGACAUGCCAACGCCGGAGCGCCAACUUGUUGAGCAAUAUGUUCAGUUAAUGUGUCGCUUCAACCCUUUCCACGUUACGGAUUACAUUGAGAAGGCACAGCCAGUUGGUCUCAGACUGGACCAGGUCCUACCCACGAUGGAAACCACUGGUGUCAUCGACGCUGCUGUGGUUUUGAUGACCCGCAAUGGGCAAGUCGAGGAAGCAAUGACGCGUCUCCUCAAACAUUUGGAUACGUUAGAAUCGGCUCUAAAUGGUCUUCUCAACGGUCUUGAAUCUCAGAGUGAUGGAGCCGUUGACCUCCAAGAAUCGGCCGAGGAGAUUCUCGGGGCAUUACAAAAGUACAUUUACGUCGGAAUCUGGCUCUGCAAGGACCAAAGCGAAUCUUCAACCCGAACAACCCUUGUGCAAAAGAAACAAAAAGGCGACGAGCAAAGAUUAUCAUCCAGCGAAGAACUCUGGUUAGGUGUCAUCAAGGCGGCUGUUCGGCUAAUCCGCAAUCUGGCGCCAGCGAUUCAAGCUGCGGCAGCGGUGGUAGAUGUUGACGAAGAGAAGCUUCUCGCAAUGCUUCGAUCUCUGGUACAGCAUACUUUUACAUCCUUGUUAACUUCUACAUCGAGCCAUAUGGGCGCCAAAACUGGAAACAAACGUAUCACAAACGUCAGCAACAACUUGUCAUUCUUACGAAUCCUCCGUGCCUUCUUGGCUGAUGCAGCCGCGUCAUCACCAAACCUGGCUGAACUCAGAGGUGUCUUAGCCUCCAUUUUCUCGGCAUAUGCCUAUGAAGAGUCAAUCUUACGUUUGUCAAAUAGACUUUUGGGACAAAACUUGUUUGUCAACGUCAAGAAAGCAGUAGAGUUAAGACAGAGAGGAUGGCGUCCCCGUGGGUCGACUUGCGAAGCAUGUGGUCGCCGUGUCUGGGGCCCUGGUGUUGCUGGAAGCGCUGUCUUUGAUGCAUGGGAGGCUAAACAAGCUCUUGAAGAGUCUAUAAAGCUGGAAAAGAAGGGUCAGAGAGCAGAGCAGUCGCGAAGCCCUCGUCCAGACCCAGAUGGCAAGAAUAAGGGCAAGGGCCUCGACACAUCAGUUCCUCGGCCGGAUGUUGAACCUGUAGCGCAGCCUGGCGCAAAGGAACAGACUUUGGAGCCAUUGGUAUUGUUGGCAUGUCGCCAUAUCUAUCACCAAAGCUGCUUAAAUUCUCUACAACAAAAGCAGGCAAAUCUAAGCGCCGCUGGGAGGGAACGCGAGUACCGUUGUCCGAUAGACGGAUAGACAUGGACAGCCUAUGGGGUGUAUUUUCUUGUAUCUCUAGCGUGUGGACAUCACAACGUGCAUAUAUAACGAAGACUAAUUUAUGAAGAAAUGAAAUCUUUAAUUGAGGCCAUAAAUGUUAAACUUCUGUCUUUUUUUUACACGUACUGCGAGUAUCCAUCACCUUAGUGCGUGCUGUCAC